AUGAAUUAUAAUCCUGCCGCAUUUCUAAUGACAUAUGACCCCGGCUGCAUUGAAGAACAUUCGGACAGUUCGGAGUUCGAUGAACCUGGUAAACUUGUAAACUCUAGAAGAGACUGUACUAAAUUACAUGAAACAUUGCUUAAGAAAUGGUAUAAAAUGGAAGAUAACAUUAUUCAUCGAAGUGCUAAUCCUGGGCAUGAAUACAAUAAAUUAUAUAGAAAUGAUAACGAUGAUUAUAUGUGGAGACAGCAACAUUACGCGAGUAUUAAUGACACAACUGAAAUUAAUGAAACUAAAUUAAAGGCGAAUAGAAGAAAUAAUCACAAUGAUUACAGUGGAAAUAUUUCGACAAAUAACAGAGGUGAUCAAAUGAAUUGCAAAGAAAUAAAACAAACGAAAUCAAAAUGUUCACUGAUGCGGCACAAACUAAUACUGUGCUUGUCCAAUAUCUUCACUCGUACUAAUAAUAGCUCGAAACAUACGAACACGGAAAACCGCACCAAAAACACAUACAGAGAUAACAGUUGUCAAGUAUAUUGUACUUUUUGCAAACACAAACAAUUGAGGAAAUACAAUAAAACCCAUCAAAGUUAUUUAGUCCAACCAGUGUAUAUCGCCGAGGGAUGUAAAGAAUAUGAUACAAGUACUGUCCCUUAUUAUAAAAAAAGAUUUUUUCAGACUAGAAUUCCGCAAGGUACAGUUAAAGUUACUAGAAAUGUACAUUCUAACACCAGUUUUAGUCUUACAUCACUUGAAAAUGAACGUCGUCAAAUUAUUCCUACAAGAGGAAAAUCUUUUAAAACUCAAUGCAAUAUAGUGAAAGAAGAAUUAAAAACUCAGUCUAAAAACUAUUCCCUCGAGGAAAAUGAGCCAUGUUCGUCCAAAUAUGGAUACCAAGUAUUGUCAACACCAGAAAAUUAUCAAAGUACAGCGACAGGGAGUGAUUGUGUCGGGAGCCCUAGUCAGAGUAUCGCGAUUUCAAAUUCAUCUGCAUUUUGGGAAUAUGUCUUUGACAAAAUAAGCAAACGUUAUCAUAUACAUAAAACAGAUAGCAAUAAGACACCUUACGAUAAUAAUAUUAGUUCACAAUGUUCACAGUAUAACGUACAGACUAAAAACGCGACUACAUAUUGUUGUACAAAAUGUGAUAAAGGUACAUCUGAUAGAUCAUGUACUUGUAACACUAAUACAGAACAAGAUAUUUUUGACAAACUACGUGAUGAAAAUCCGCCAGAAAUUUCUCGUUUAUCAUCUUCGAAAGACAAGGAAGAUAUUAAAUCGAAAACUGUCCAAUGUAAAUGUUUACAAAAGAAAAUAGCUCUAAAAAUACCUAAAGAUUUUACGUCAUCAUUGAUACCUCCAGCAGACGAUGUAAAUAGACCAUGUCAAGAACCACACGAUAAAAUUACUCAAGAAUUAGCUAACAAAUAUAAUGGCGAAAUCCUUUGUAUCCAUAAUCCACCGUGUAUUUUAAUUAACGGUUGUUUUAAUUUAUCUUCGCAUAAUGUACAAACAGUACCGGCCUGGUCUAUGACUCAAGAAAUAAAGCCUAGUUUCUACAAACUGUGUCAGAGAUUUAAAAGUCUGAAAAGAAACAGCAAUCAAUCGGCUCAAUACCCAUUAGCUGAACAGCGACAGUAUCAGAUAGAGGAGAAAACUGAGAAAGUGACACAAAGUAUUUGUAACCACAAACCUCCUUGUGAGAUCGUGAGGCGUUGCUACAAAGCUAAAUACGAUCCAAAACUUGAGAACUCUUGUAUUCACGUACCUAUGUGUCAAAAAAUACCUGAAUGUUUGUUAAAUAACGAGAAAAUUUAUGUUAGAUCAUGUGAGCAUACACCUAAAUGCAUGGAAGUACCUUUAUGUAGGAACAAGUAUCUCAUAUUGACUGCAAAGGACAAUAUAGGUACUCAAGUUAAGCCUAGAACGAAGAUGAUAUGUCGACAUGUCCCGCCGUGUAUUAUGAUACCCAAAUGUCUUGGUCGGCUCAUGAAUGAAAGUUAUUUUCCAUAUGAUGCUAUUCCAAACUGCAUUCACGAGCCAAUGUGUGAAUUAAUACCAGCCUGCGGUAGAAAACCUCCCAAAAUGGUAUCUGUUUACUCCCAGUAUCCUGCGCCUUGUCGUAUAGUCUAAGAGAUGGAAUGUAUUUUACGAAUAUCAAUAUCAUUUUUAUGUAUGUAUUGCAAAGUAAUUAAACGAUUGAAACGAUCGAAAUCUAAUUUAUCAUACAGUAUUCGAAUAUAGUUAUCAUGGUUUGUACGUAACGAUAUGAUCUUUGAGUCGACUUAUUAAUAUAAUUUUACGUUAAUGUGAUCAAUGU